CUUUUGCUAACAAUUCUAUAUUCCUCCUUAACGGAUACAGACGUUUACUUGCGGACCCAUAAAACAAUACCUGAAUUCAGGAUCCACGAUUGUCUAGUUUCAGAUUCAAUCUACUUCCUUCUUCCUUUUACCAUUUCGGUUCGGAUCGGGCUCCCCGUUUUGGGAGAUCCGAUUGCUUCUCUUGUCUUGGCUCGAGAUCCGAGCCAAGCACAGAACUGUCGGAUUCGGAUUUUUCGAUUGAAUCCUCCACAAGUGUGCUCUUGUUCUCCUGCAGUUUGGAUUUAGUGACUUUAUAGAAUUGGCAAAGUGUAAAUGGCCUCUAGUGAGGGAUUUCUGACGGAUGAGCAGAGGGAGAUGUUGAAAAUAGCAAGUCUAAAUUUGGAGAAUUUGUCAUCAUCCCCGAAGAAUUUGUCAUCCUCUCCAAAAUCUCCAUCAAUGUUUCUUUCUGAGCAUCAGUUAAAAGUUCCUGCUGCUGGCAAGGCACCAACUGCUGGGAUUGCAGUGAGGCAUGUGCGAAGGUCGCACUCAGGCAAGUUUGUACGUGUGAAGAAGGAUGGUGGUGGUGGUAAGGGCACAUGGGGAAAACUGCUUGAUACUGAUGGUGAAUCCCAUAUUGAUCGGAAUGAUCCUAACUACGACAGUGGAGAGGAGCCAUACCAGCUUGUUGGAGCAACUAUCUCAGAUCCUUUAGAUGAGUACAAGAAGGCUGUUAUUUCCAUAAUAGAGGAGUACUUCAGUACUGGUGAUGUGGAAGUGGCAGCAUCUGAUCUCAGAGAACUUGGCUCAAGCCAAUAUCAUCCUUAUUUUAUCAAGCGGCUCGUUUCCAUGGCCAUGGACCGGCAUGAUAAAGAGAAGGAAAUGGCUUCUGUUCUGCUAUCUUCUCUGUAUGCCGCUGUAAUCAGCCCAUUGCAGAUUAGGGAUGGGUUUGUCAUCCUUCUUGAGUCUGCUGAUGAUCUAGCUGUAGACAUAUUAGAUGCAGUUGACAUCCUUGCUUUGUUCAUAGCUCGUGCUGUGGUAGAUGAUAUCCUUCCUCCAGCAUUCCUCACUAGGGCAAAGAAGACCCUUCCAGAGUCCUCAAAGGGAUUUCGGGUUCUCCAAAUUGCUGAGAAGAGCUAUCUCUCAGCCCCACACCACGCAGAACUUGUGGAGAGGAGGUGGGGUGGUAGCACUCACGUCACUGUUGAGGAAGUAAAGAAAAAGAUUGCUGAUCUGUUGAGAGAAUAUGUGGAGAAUGGGGAUGCUUUUGAGGCAUGUAGGUGCAUAAGGGAAUUGGGGGUUUCGUUUUUUCAUCAUGAGGUUGUCAAGAGGGCCUUAAUUCUUGGCAUGGAGACUCGGACUGCCGAACCACUUAUACUAAAGCUGUUAAAGGAGGCUUCCGAGGAAGGCUUGAUAAGUUCCAGUCAAAUGUUGAAGGGUUUUACUAGGCUAACUGAGAGCCUUGAUGACCUUGCUCUUGACAUUCCAUCUGCAAAAAGCUUGUUCCAAUUCCUUGUUCCCAAGGCUAUUGCUGAGGGAUGGCUAGAUGCUUCCUUCUUGAAGACCUCUAGUAAAGAUGGGCAGGGACCAGCUGAAGACAAAAAGUUGAGAAGAUAUAAGGAGGAGGUUGUGACAAUAAUUCAUGAGUAUUUUCUCUCAGAUGACAUUCCUGAACUAGUCCGAAGUCUUGAAGAUCUUGGCAUGCCUGAGUUUAACCCAAUUUUCCUGAAAAAACUCAUCACCCUGGCUAUGGAUAGGAAGAAUAGGGAGAAAGAAAUGGCGUCCGUUUUGCUUUCAGCUCUUCACAUUGAGAUUUUUUCAACUGAAGAUAUUGUUAAUGGUUUUGUCAUGCUUGUGGAAUCUGCAGAAGAUACAGCACUUGACAUUUUGGAUGCUUCGAAUGAACUUGCUCUCUUUCUGGCAAGGGCUGUGAUUGAUGAUGUCUUGGCUCCACUUAAUCUAGAGGAGAUAAGCAGCAAAUUGCCUCCAAAUUGCAGCGGGAGUGAGACUGUGCACAUGGCUCGAUCACUUAUUGCUGCACGUCAUGCAGGUGAGAGGAUCCUUAGGUGUUGGGGAGGUGGGACUGGGUGGGCUGUGGAGGAUGCAAAGGACAAGAUACAGAAGCUAUUAGAGGAGUAUGAAAGUGGGGGAGAUGUCAGUGAGGCUUGCCAAUGCAUCCGUGAUCUUGGGAUGCCCUUUUUUAAUCAUGAGGUGGUGAAGAAGUCGUUGGUCAUGGCUAUGGAGAAGAAGAAUGAUAGGAUGCUUGAUCUGCUACAGGAGUGUUUCAAUGAAGGGUUGAUUACUAUCAAUCAGAUGACCAAAGGCUUCACCCGCAUAAAGGACGGGCUUGAUGAUCUAGCUCUUGACAUUCCAAAUGCAAAGGAGAAAUUCAGUUUCUAUUUGGAGUAUGCCUGUAAGAAGGGUUGGCUCCAAGCAUUUUUUGGGUCAUCUGUGGCAGAUACAUUCUCAACCCUGGUUGCAGCAACUUGAGAUGAACAUAUAUUUCCGUUAGUUUCUCUCAUCUGUUGUUGCCCAGUCCCUCCGUUUACCGCUUAAUCGUCCCUGUGCUUCUAAGGUGGAUAGAUAGAUAUGGGACGUAUGAAUUCCGUCUGAUGUUCCUUUUCUCUUUUUUUUGAUCAGUGGUCAUCUGGUGAAGAUUGUUGUGAUCCCAACCAAUGUACAAAGUUGUUUCGUUCUUAGUAACAUAACUUUAGGAGUAAGCUGCGUCGAGAAGUAUGCUGCAGGGGAGGAUAUGUCAUGCUGCUGCUGUUAUCACAUGCAAUAGCAAUAUGAUGUUUAGGAGGAUAUUAGUUUCUCUUUCCCCAUCACGAGUCCUCAAUGGUUUUAUCUUUUAUUUUUAUUUUGCUAUGGUCCUUCAUUAUCCUAUUUAUUAAGUUGCGAUUGGUAUUUAUUUA